AGGGUGGAAAAAGGGAACCUGGAGCAACCUGUAUGCUCUCUCAUACGAGUGUGGCGCCCAAGGGGGCAUUUUCAUCUUGGAGUUAGUAGACUGCGUGCUCUUUGGUCCAUGCUUCACUGUAGACGAGUGGAAGGAGGAUAGGUCCCCCUCUCUUUCAACCGGCUGGUGGGGCAGGCUUAACAGCACCCUGCUUGGGACUACGUACUGCCCCACUGGAAUGCCUCGUGAGCUAUAAUAUUUUUGGCGGAUCCACAUUCCUCUGGUGUAGUGCUAUAACUGGAGCUACCCUGAACAGAGUGCCGAGGCUGAAAUAUUCAGAGCCGAUAUCUCUGUUCCCCUCGUUGGGCUCGAUGGUGGGCAUGGGAGUGUCCAUCGGAACAGCCUCUUGCAUUAUGGAGAAAGCAACUUUUUCACACAAUCAAAGUAAACCAACACCUAGUUUUAACCUCUCAAAUUGUACAAAUUACGACCCAACACAAGCAAGAUUUAUAAUACUUAGUUCUACCGAUAAGAAGCUUUCUACCUUGUCUCCAUUCCUCGUACAAAAAUCACUAGAAUCACUCAUGGGAAACCCUAAAAUUGUCCGACAGCUGCCCUCAGGGGAUUUAUUAGUGGAAACUUCGUCUGUUAAACAAACAACUGCACUACUAAAAUCUCAUAAACUUGGCAAUGUUACUAUAAGAGCAUCUCCACACAAUACUUUAAAUAUAUCAAAAGGUGUCAUAUCCGAUAAAGCUCUUCAAUAUCUCCCUAUAUCUGAAAUCAUUGAAGGACUCUCUACUCAAGGCGUUAUUGAUGCCCGACACAUAACUAUUAAAAAAGGUUCAGAAAUUAUUGAAACUCAACACAUAAUUUUAACUUUCAGCACAGCCACAUUACCCACUGACGUAAAAGCUGGAUAUAGAAAUUGCAAAGUCCGACCUUACAUUCCCAAUCCAUUACGUUGUUUUAAAUGCCAAAAGUUUGGUCAUUCUACCAACAAUUGCAGAGGGAAGGAAACAUGUUCCCGCUGCGUCCAAACGGGGCAUACAUUUAAGUCUUGUACAUCACCUGAACUAUGUAUUAACUGCCAUGAAUCUCACUCUGCUAGUUCACGAUUAUGUCAAAAAUGGAAGCAGGAAAAGCAAAUCUUAAACAUUAAAGUAACACAAAAUCUCUCCUAUACAGAAGCUAAGACAAAAUUUCUAAAUUCACAGCCGCGCCCAAACAUUUCAUAUGCAGCUGCCAUAUCUAACUCUAAAAUAACGAAAUCCAUUGGCAUACAAUACAAUGAAGAAGAAACAGACCCACAGAAUACGAAAUUUAAAACCUUACUUCCCAAAAAAUUUGUCAGUACAUCCACAACAAAAUACUCUAAAGCAAUUCAACCGACACGCAGCACUUCAAAUUCAUUACCUUCUCAGCCCUCUCCACAAUCCUCUCAACAGACUCCUUCGCAAAAGAAUCCUAGUAGUAAUCAAUAUAUAAAAAUUACACCUCAACUAGCAAGUGUCUUGCAUAAAAAACUAUCUCAAUCACCAAUGAUUAGCAAAGCUAAGUUUGUUUCUAAAGGCAGACAAAAUUGUUUUGACAAAAACCGUAAAAAACUUAUAAAUAACAAAAAAGAUUCUCAAUCUGACGAAAUGUACACUGAUGAAGAUGGCACCGACUCUGAAAUGCAAAUUGAAAAGGGUAUGGAAACGCCUGUUAACCUAAGCCCUAAAAACAUAAAAUUAAAAAAAUAAAUAAUGGA